ACACGAAAAUGAAUACCGAAAUGGAAUUUCCCCUUCGAUGCUCUAAUGUUGACGCGCAAUCAAAACGCAAAUCUAAGUCCAACGUUCCUCUUAGUUCUUCCUCCUUCCUCCGGCGGCUUUCUCCUUCCCUGCGACGUACUCGGGAAUUCUAACUCUAAUCCUCAUCCAACGAAUAACAGUUGCAGUCCACUUAACAAGGUAUGUUUUUCUCCCUCUUCAAUUUUGGACGAAUUGUUUGCAGAUCUUUGUAAGCAUCGUAUGAUUCUGUUGGUCAUCGCAAGGGACGAUACGAGAAUGGUAUCGUCGGCAGUUUGCAUCUUUCGCUGGUAUGGCUACACCUACACGUGCUUAACUUGCGGAUAGUGAUACAUGAAAAGCUUAUAAGAAGAAAGAAAUGAUUGGAGUUUCUCCAGACGAGGGAUGUGGGCGACGACGUUUGCCGCCAUGGAUGUUUGGAUUAUCUGGUGCUGGUAAACUUAAGAAGCCUGAUAAUGAAAAUGCAAGCAACAAUUCUGUAGAGGACCAACUUGCAUCGGAAGCUGUACAUCUCAAGGACGAAACUGUUGCAGCUCAAAAUGUGGCUGCCACAGAUGGAAAAUUAAGUGUUGAAAAAAGUUUACAUUCCCUUGCACGAUGUGAAACGAAGAGAAGGAAAAGAAACUCGUGUCGACAAGAUACAGAAACUGAUAAGAAGGCUGCUCAGGUUCCUUCUGAUAACAAAAAACGUAAAAGACUAGGUAGGAAAGUUGAGGAAUGUGCACGUGGAAGAAAAGGAAAUGCGAUGUGCAAUGGCUUCUCCGGCAGCAAUGAAGUUGAAUCUCAGCGUGAUGAUGAUAAGGGGGAGCUCACAGCAGAAGAUUUAUUAAACAUUGCCGAAGAGUAUGUCGAAGCUGGAAUUAAUGUGGAGCACCCAAAGUCAUCAAAUAUGGAACCUCAAUCAGCUGCAGCUCUUUCUAGGAAUGUGUCAAUGAGUUAUGUCAAUGGUUCUAAUAAUAUCAGUAGAUCAAGUACUCAAGAAGAUAUUACUAACUCUUAUUCAACUAUGGAUCAGUCAAGGAAACAAAACUUUCCUGACACUGGCAGAACUGGGGAUCCUGCACAGGACAUGCUGGACUUGUUUUUAGGUCCUUUGCUUAAGAAAACUCGAGAGGAGGAACAAAAUUCUGAAGUAAUUUCAAAGGAUAUGACAUUCAACUAUGAUUUUCAAAAGGAAAGUCAGCAUGAUGUUGCUGCAGAUGAAAUGGCCCCUGUAAUGAAGAAGAAGAGCAGUCUCAGGGAUCAGGUCUCACGUUUACUUGACUGAGUAAGAUAUUAGUAUCUGUUUUAUUUAUACUCAUAUGCUACAUGAAACCUGAAAUUGUAAUAUAUGAUAUGCAAUAGUUUCAUAAUGUCUGCUAAUUAAUCUUUCCUGGAUUUGAUAGCCUUUAAUUGCAAAUCUUUGACCGCUUUAUCUUGGUCUGGCGGUAUUCGGUAAUAUGGAUGAUAUAUAUGUUCACAAAUCCAAUGCGGUAAUUGCAUACAGAAAUACCGAGUACUUGAAAAUAACAAGGACUAGAUCUGUCUAUGUAAAGAAUUGAUUUGUAUAUAUUUUGUAAACAAAGCAAUUCGUAAGGACUGGAUUUUUUGUUAGUA